CCCAUAUAUAUAUAUGCAUCGGCAUCGCCCUUAACGCCCAUUGAUCCAUACAUACACUUUUUUCUUCCAAAAGAACUAAAAAAAAAAUUGUCACAAUGGUGCAAACUUCUCCAUUUGAUUCGGUUCCCACCGCUGGGACGUCCCCUUUCCUUUCCAAUCCCAACUCUGCCGCCAGCUGGCCAACCUCUGGCGUCAAAGAGACCGUAUUUGGAGUCCCGAAUAACUCGGGGAUUGACUUCAACUCAAAGCCACUGCCUUUCCACUCGAAUUCAUCAUCUGCUGGCACGCCCUUCUUAUUUGGUCAGCCUACGCUGCCGAAUUUCGCACCUGGGAGUGGCAGUAGUGGUUUUAGCUCUGGCAACAGUAAUUUGUUUGAAGGAUAUCCAAUUGCUGGUGCGUUUGGGGUGUCCCCAAACUCGGGUUACGGCACAAACACUUCAGGAUUUGGUUUGCCUAAGAAUACGAGUCAGAUAUUUGUUGGUUCGCCAUUUACGUUUCAUUUUACUCAGGCGCCCGGCAUUCAGGGUUCUACCGGGUCCCAGUUGACAACGGCCUCUAAAGGUAGCAAAGUGUCGUCUUAUGUACCGACACAGGAUGGCGGUGAGAAGAUUCUGUCAAUAUCAGGAAUGGAGAUUUACAAGGGUAAGAGUCAUGAGAAGCUGAGGUUAGAGGACUAUGAAUUACAUAGUAAAGGUGGACAAUCGGCUGGUUUCAAACCCUCUGAUUCUCAGUCGAACAUCUUUCAAUUUCCUUCGUCAGUUAACAAAUCAGAUGACACAAUCUGCAAACCUUCUCCAUUUGAGCCGUUUAAACCCAACCCCUUUGCCCCUAAACAGCAAGAUAUAGUUACGCCAAAAGCUUUUCCAUUUGAGGCAUUCAAACCAAAUCUGUUUGCAUCAGAUGAUAAGAUCAUCAAACCUUCUCCGUUUGAGAAGUUCAAAUCAAACCCUUUUGCUCCCAAACAGCAAGUUUUAGUUAAUAGUGAUACAACCUGCAAAACUUUUCCAGUUGGGCCAUUUAAACCAAAUCCUUUUGCCAUUAGAUCUCAAAAUUCGGUUUCACUUAAUGACAAAAUCACCAAACCUUCUCCGUUUGCUCCCAAACAGCAAGGUUUAGUCACUAGUGAUACAACCUGCAAAGCUUUUCCAAUUGGGCCAUUUAAACCAAAUCCUUUUGCCGUUAGAUCUCAAAAUUCAGUUUCAGUUAAUGACAAGAUUGCCGAACCUUCUCCGUUUGCUCCCAAACAGCAAGAUUUAGUUACGAGUAGUGACACAACCUCCAAAGCUUUUCUGUUUGAGCCGUUUAAACCAAAUCCUUUUGCCGUUAGAUCUCAAAAUUCAGUUUCAGUUAAUGACAAAAUUGCCGAACCUUCUCCGUUUGCUCCCAAACAGCAAGAUUUAGUUACGACUAGUGACACGAACUCCAUAGCUGUUCAGAUUGCGCUGUUUGAACCAAAUCCCUUUGCCAUUAUCAUUAAAUCACAAGAUCCGUUUACGUCUAACGACAAGAUCGCCAAACCUUCUUCAUCUGAGCCGUUUUUCAACCCAUUUGUCCCAAAACAGCAGGAUUUAGUUACUCCUAAUGACACAAAUUCAACAAAUUCUUCUAUGACUGCACAGCCUACCUCAGUAUCACUAUCAGAUCCUUGGCCUUUUACUAGUCAAUUUGAAAACCCGAUUCAAGCAUCACGAGCUUCAGACGGCUUCACAAUGGCGAAAGAGGUUUGUUGUCAGAACAUCAAUGGACAGCAGCUCAAUCUACUGUCAAGUACUGUGGGCCAGCAGUCAGUACAUGCAGUGACUCCCUUUUCCAUGAUCUCUCCAACUGAUCAACCCAGAGACAACGGAAUAUCAAGUUUACCUGCCUCAAACUGUCUUUCGUCCAAGAAAAACAAUCUCUCGACCAACCGAAGUGCAUCGCUAUUGAGAGUCCGACACGUGUCCUUGAGAAAAAGCUCGUUGCCUGCCUCGAGACUUAUUUGCACGAGAAGUGACCCCAAGGUGACCAAUCUACUGAGCAAGGCUUGUGAGAAAGAAGAUACUCCCAUUUCAUUCACCGAAAAAACCGAAGCCUACAUAUUAUCGUUAAUGCCAAACCUCCCAUACGGAGAGGACUACUAUACUCAGCCAUCAUUGACCGAAAUAGCCUCAAAGGAAAAGGACGAACCCGGAAGCUGCACUCGUGUGGAAGGCUUUGUUUUCGGGAGGACUGGAUUUGGAAGCAUUAGAUUCUUUGGACAAACGAAUGUCAGGAAUCUCGAUCUUGGGUCGAUUGUCCAAUUCAAUAAACGUGAAGUGAUUGUGUAUGGAGAUAACAACAAGAAGCCACCAGUGGGGCAGGGCUUGAACAAGCCUGCUGAGGUCACUCUGCUUAAGAUCAAAUGCACGAGCAAGAAAACGGGCAAAGAGUAUGUGGAUGGGCCACAGGUAAAGAGUUAUAGGGAGAUGCUGGUGAAGAUGGCUAGGGAACAAGGGGCCGAGUUUGUCUCGUAUGAUCCGGUUGAAGGGGAGUGGAAAUUCAGGGUGCAGAGUUUUUAG